AUGUUAUAUAAUUUAUUUCAGAGUGAGGAGGACUUACCAUAUGAAGAGGAAAUAUUAAGGAAUCCAUUUUCGGUUAGGCAUUGGCUAAGAUACAUAGAACAUAAAAAAGCAGCACCUAAAUAUGAAAUUAAUAUCAUUUAUGAAAGAGCCCUGAAAGAGUUGCCAGGCUCUUUUAAGCUGUGGUAUAACUACUUAAAACUUAGGAGAAAACAAAUAAGAGGUCGUUGUAUAACGGAUCCCGCAUAUGAAGAUGUUAAUAAUUGUUUUGAAAGAUCCCUUGUAUUCAUGCACAAAAUGCCCAGGAUAUGGAUGGACUAUUGUACAUUCUUGACCGAUCAGUGGAAAAUUACUGCUACAAGAAAAGCAUUUGAUUCUGCUUUACGAGCUUUACCCAUUACACAACAUCACAGAAUAUGGCCACUUUAUUUAAAUUUCUUGAAGAAGCAUAAUAUUCCUGAAACUGCUGUUAGAGUAUUCAGACGCUACCUAAAGUUGUGUCCUGAAGAUACCGAAGAAUAUAUUGAUUAUUUAAUAUCUAUAGAAAAAUUAGAUGAAGCUGCUUUAAAAUUAGCUCAACUUGUAAAUAAUGAGAAUUUUCAAUCCAAGCAUGGAAAAUCCAAUCAUCAGCUUUGGAAUGAACUGUGUGAACUAAUAUCCAAAAACCCAGACAAAAUUCAUUCACUCAAUGUUGAUGCCAUAAUAAGAGGUGGACUUCGUCGCUACACUGACCAGUUGGGUCAUCUGUGGAAUUCACUAGCUGAUUACUAUGUAAGAAGUGGUUUAUUUGAAAGAGCUAGAGAUAUAUACGAGGAAGCCAUUCAGACUGUCACUACAGUCAGAGAUUUCACACAAGUCUUUGAUGCCUAUGCUCAAUUUGAGGAAUUGAGUUUGAGUAAAAAGAUGGAAGAAGUUGCAAAAAAGCCCAACCCCACUGAGGAUGAAGAUAUUGACUUAGAGUUACGUCUCGCUAGAUUUGAAUAUUUGAUGGAAAGAAGAUUAUUACUUCUAAAUUCAGUAUUAUUGAGACAAAACCCACAUAAUAUUGCUGAAUGGCACAAAAGAGUAAAGCUGUAUGAAGGUAAACCUCAUGAAAUCAUAGAUACUUAUACAGAAGCUGUGCAGACGGUGGACCCGAAAUUAGCGGUAGGAAAACUUUAUACACUGUGGGUUGGUUUUGCGAAGUUUUAUGAGAGCAAUGACCAAAUUGAUGAUGCAAGAUUAAUUUUUGAGAAAGCGACCCAAGUUAAUUAUGCUAAAGUUGAUGAUUUAGCAUCUGUGUGGUGUGAGUGGGCAGAAAUGGAAAUAAAACAUGAAAACUAUGAAGAAGCUUUAAAAUUAAUGCAAAGAGCUACAGUUCUUCCCAGUAGGAAAGUAGCUUAUCAUGAUGACAAUGAAACAGUUCAAAUGCGUUUAUAUAAAUCUCUUAAGGUUUGGUCAAUGUAUGCCGAUUUAGAAGAAAGUUUUGGCACAUAUAAAUCUUGUAAAGCUGUCUAUGACCAUAUCAUUGAUUUAAAAAUAGCUACACCUCAAAUUAUUAUAAACUAUGGUCUAUUCUUGGAAGAACACAACUAUUUUGAAGAAGCAUUCAGGGCAUAUGAAAAAGGGAUAGCUCUCUUCAAGUGGCCAAAUGUUUAUGAUAUUUGGAAUACAUAUUUAACAAAGUUUUUAAAAAGAUAUGGUGGAACCAAGCUUGAAAGAGCUAGAGAUCUCUUUGAACAAUGUCUGGAGAACUGCCCACCUGAGUUUGCUAAAUCAAUAUUUUUAUUAUAUGCUAAGUUGGAAGAAGAGCAUGGUUUGGCCAGACAUGCUAUGUCAGUGUAUGAAAGAGCAACAACAGCAGUUCUACCAGAACAAAUGUUUGAAAUGUUUAAUAUCUACAUUAAAAAGGCUGCAGAAAUAUACGGCGUACCCAAAACGCGACAAAUAUAUGAAAAAGCUAUCGAGACUUUACCAGAUGAAAAAGCUAGAGAGAUGUGCUUACGAUUUUCCGAAAUGGAAACAAAACUUGGUGAAAUCGACAGAGCUCGUGCUAUAUACGCUCACUGUAGUCAGAUGUGCGAUCCAAGGAUUACGACAGAAUUUUGGAAUACAUGGAAAGAAUUUGAAGUUAGGCAUGGCAAUGAAGAUACUAUGAGGGAAAUGCUUAGAAUUAAGAGAAGUGUACAAGCUACAUAUAACACGCAAGUCAAUAUGAUGUCAGCCCAAAUGCUAGGUUCAGCUGCUCAGGCUGCGGGUACAAUAUCGGAUCUAGCACCAGGAAUGAAGGACGGCAUGAGAUUGUUGGAAGCUAAAGCUGCCGAAAUGGCUGUCCAAAGCAAGGGCAAUAUAAUGUUUGUCAGAGGUGAAACACAAGGUCUCAAAGAAAACGACAAAGUUGUUAAUCCUGAUGAAAUUGAUAUUGAUGAUGAAGAAUCUGAUAAUAGUAAUGAAGACGAGGAAGUUGCACCUGUACAGAAAAAGGAAAUUCCCGCAGCAGUUUUUGGAGGUUUAGUUCCAGAAAAUCAAUAA